GAGCGUGUUGAGGGAGGGGGGAGGGGGGACACAGAGGGAGGAAGAAGCGGCGGCGGCGGCGGCUCCUCUUUGCAGAGGGGGAAACUCUUGGGCUGAGAGCAGGAAUAAUGCGGUAGGCAAGGCGGGCUGCUGGCUCCCCCGGCUCUGGCAGCAGCGGCGGCAGCCCGAGCAGCGGCAGCAGCAGCGGCAGCACCCCAGGCAUUGACAGCCCCGCCGGCCGGCUCCCUUGCUGACCGCCGACUGUCAAUGGAGCUGGAAAACAUCGUGGCCAACACGGUCUUGCUGAAAGCCAGGGAAGGGGGCGGAGGAAAGCGCAAAGGGAAAAGCAAGAAGUGGAAGGAAAUCCUGAAGUUCCCUCACAUUAGCCAGUGUGAAGACCUCCGAAGGACCAUAGACAGAGAUUACUGCAGUUUAUGUGACAAGCAGCCAAUCGGGAGGCUGCUUUUCCGGCAGUUUUGUGAAACCAGGCCUGGGCUGGAGUGUUACAUUCAGUUCCUGGACUCCGUGGCAGAAUAUGAAGUUACUCCAGAUGAAAAACUGGGAGAGAAAGGGAAGGAAAUUAUGACCAAGUACCUCACCCCAAAGUCCCCUGUUUUCAUAGCCCAAGUUGGCCAAGACCUGGUCUCCCAGACGGAGGAGAAGCUCCUGCAGAAGCCGUGCAAAGAACUCUUUUCUGCCUGUGCACAGUCUGUCCACGAGUAUCUGAGGGGAGAACCAUUCCACGAAUAUCUGGACAGCAUGUAUUUUGACCGCUUUCUCCAGUGGAAGUGGUUGGAAAGGCAACCGGUGACCAAAAACACUUUCAGGCAGUAUCGAGUGCUGGGAAAAGGGGGCUUCGGGGAGGUCUGUGCCUGCCAGGUUCGGGCCACGGGUAAAAUGUAUGCCUGCAAGCGCUUGGAGAAGAAGAGGAUCAAAAAGAGGAAAGGGGAGUCCAUGGCCCUCAAUGAGAAGCAGAUCCUCGAGAAGGUCAACAGUCAGUUUGUGGUCAACCUGGCCUAUGCCUACGAGACCAAGGAUGCACUGUGCUUGGUCCUGACCAUCAUGAACGGGGGUGACCUGAAGUUCCACAUCUACAACAUGGGCAACCCCGGCUUCGAGGAGGAGCGGGCCUUAUUUUAUGCGGCAGAGAUCCUCUGCGGCUUAGAAGACCUCCACCGUGAGAACACCGUCUACCGAGAUCUGAAACCUGAAAACAUCCUGUUAGAUGAUUAUGGCCACAUUAGGAUCUCAGACCUGGGCUUGGCUGUGAAGAUCCCCGAGGGAGACCUGAUCCGUGGCCGGGUGGGCACCGUUGGCUACAUGGCUCCAGAGGUCCUGAACAACCAGAGGUAUGGCCUGAGCCCCGACUACUGGGGCCUGGGCUGCCUCAUCUAUGAGAUGAUCGAGGGCCAGUCGCCGUUCCGUGGCCGCAAGGAGAAGGUGAAGCGGGAGGAGGUGGACCGCCGGGUCCUGGAGACAGAGGAGGUGUACUCCCACAAGUUCUCCGAGGAGGCCAAGUCCAUCUGCAAGAUGCUGCUCACCAAAGAUGCAAAGCAGAGGCUGGGCUGCCAGGAGGAGGGGGCUGCAGAGGUCAAGAGACACCCCUUCUUCAGGAACAUGAACUUCAAGCGCUUAGAAGCCGGGAUGUUGGACCCUCCCUUCGUUCCAGACCCCCGUGCCGUGUACUGUAAGGAUGUGCUGGACAUCGAGCAGUUCUCCACUGUGAAGGGCGUCAAUCUGGACCACACAGACGAUGACUUCUACUCCAAGUUCUCCACAGGCUCUGUGUCCAUCCCAUGGCAAAACGAGAUGAUAGAAACAGAGUGCUUUAAGGAGCUGAACGUGUUUGGACCUAAUGGUACCCUCUCGCCAGAUCUGAACAGAGAUCACCCUCCGGAACCGCCAAAGAAAGGGCUGCUCCAGAGAAUCUUCAAGCGUCAGCAUCAGAACAAUUCCAAGAGUUCGCCCAGCUCCAAGACCAGUUUUAACCAUCACAUAAACUCCAACCACGUCAGCUCGAACUCCACCGGAAGCAGCUAGUCUCGGCUCUGGCCUCGAAGUCCACCGUGGAACCAGCCCAGACCCUUCUCCUUAGAAGCGGAAGUAGUGGAGCCCCUGCUCUGGUGGGGCUGCCAGGGGAGCCCCCGGGAGCCGGGGAAGGAGGCCGUCCAUCCUGUCGACGUAGAACCUCGAGGUUUCUCAAAGAAAUUUCCACUCAGGUCUGUUUUCCGAGGCGGCCCCGGCCGGGGUGGAUUGGAUUUGUCUUUGGUGAACAUUGCAAUAGAAAUCCAAUUGGAUACGACAACUUGCACGUAUUUUAAUAGCGUCAUAACUAGAACUGAAUUUUGUCUUUAUGAUUUUUAAAGAAAAGUUUUGUAAAUUUCUCUACUGUCUCAGUUUACAUUUUGUAUAUUUGUAUUUAAAUGAAAGUGAGACUUUGAGGGUGUAUAUUUUCUGUGCAGCCACUGUUAAGCCAUGUGUUCCAAGGCAUUUUAGCGGGGAGGGGGUUACCAAAAAAAAAAAAAAAAAUGUGACUCAAGACUUCCAGAGCCUCAAAUGAGAAAAUGUCUUUAUUAAAUGUAGAAAGUGAUCCACACUUCACCUUUAAAGGA